UGCAUGACAAUUACGGCCGCUUUUAGUCCGCGACUUUUCUCCGUGGGAGACAUAACCUAGAAACAGCAUGCGGUCUCGGUCACCUCGUGGUGCCCGUCGUUGCUUGCGACGUGCGGUACAUAUUUUUUCUUAAUCGGUAAUAUUCGAUAGAAGAAUCUGAGCCGCGAUGAAUGUGUCACGUGAAUAAAAUCUGAUAUAUCAGUGCCGAUCAUGCUCAGAACGUUAACAAAAAUUCGCAACGUCGUCCUCGCGCAGCCGACAGCGCGAACGUGGUUGACGAGCUACGAUGUGAAGUUGCGUCAGACAUCUUUAUCUUUACGUCGCUUCUCAAAUGAACUAAAAAGACGCCUGAAGGCAGAGCAGAAGGCCAAGGAGAAGGCUGAGAAGGAAGCGAAGGCAGUCGCAGCAACGGCCGAGAAUCCAUCAAAAUUCUCUCCCGAGAAGAAGAAGAAUGAGAAAGAGGAAGAGGAAAUUAGUCCAAAUGAAUUCUUCAAGCUGCGGACACAGGCAAUUAAUUACCUGAAAACAACUCAAGAGCAUCCUUAUCCGCACAAGUUCCAUGUAUCACUGUCCCUGACAGAUUUCAUCGAGAGAUUCAGUAGUGUCGUGGAGGAUGGCCAGAUACUCCAAAAUGAGAUACACAGUAUCACUGGACGUAUCCAUUCCAUUCGGGAGGCUGGUUCCAAACUCAUCUUCUACGACCUCCGGGGAGAAGGUGUCAAGGUACAAGUGAUGGCUAACGCAAGAAUGUACAAAAAUGAAGACAAGUUUGAUGAGGAUACUGCAAAGAUCAAGAGAGGCGACAUUGUAGGUGUCAUCGGCUGUCCUGGCAAGAGCAAGAAAGGCGAAUUCUCGAUUAUACCGCAAAGUGUCAAACUGCUGAGUCCGUGCUUGCACAUGUUGCCGCAUCUGCACUUUGGCUUGAAGGACAAGGAGACGAGGUUCCGGCAACGAUACCUCGAUCUUAUACUGAACAACAAAGUCCGGCAGAUUUUCUAUACGCGCGCCAAGAUAAUCGCCUACGUGCGUAAAUUCCUAGACCAGAUGGGCUUCCUGGAGGUCGAGACUCCCAUGAUGAACAUGAUCCCCGGCGGUGCCACCGCCAAGCCGUUCGUCACGCAUCACAACGAGCUUAACAUGGACUUGUACAUGAGGAUUGCUCCGGAAUUGUAUCACAAAAUCCUAGUCAUCGGUGGGAUCGACAGAGUGUACGAGAUCGGCAGGCAGUUCAGGAACGAGGGCAUCGACAUGACUCACAAUCCCGAGUUCACCACCUGCGAGUUCUACAUGGCGUACGCGGACUACAACGAUCUCAUGGAGAUUACGGAGCAAAUGGUGUCUGGCAUGGUGAAGGCUAUACAUGGCACUUACAAAAUAGAGUAUCAUCCCGAUGGACCGGAGGGCGAGGCAGUUGAGAUCGACUUUACCCCACCGUUCAAGCGCAUCUCGAUGAUGAAGACGUUAGAGGAGGCUCUCGCGAUGAAGCUGCCCAGUGCCAGUGAACUUAACAUGCCGGAGGCGACCCAGGUACUUAGCGCUGUCUGCGACAAGUGGGAAAUUGACUGUCCGCCUCCCAGGACAUCAGCGAGAUUGUUAGACAAGCUUGUCGGUAAAUUCAUCGAGGAGACAUGCAUCAAUCCCACGUACAUCAUUGAUCAUCCGCAAGUGAUGUCUCCACUGGCCAAGUGGCAUCGACAUGAGAAAGGCCUUACGGAAAGAUUCGAGCUGUUUGUUAUGAAAAAGGAGAUAUGCAACGCGUACACCGAAUUGAAUGACCCAGUCGUUCAGAGAGAAAGAUUCGAGCAACAGGCAAAAGAUAAGGCAGCUGGCGACGACGAGGCGCAAUUGGUUGACGAGAAUUUCUGCACUGCUUUAGAGUACGGUUUACCGCCUACGGCUGGUUGGGGAAUGGGUAUCGAUCGACUAACAAUGUUCCUUACCGACUCGAACAAUAUUAAAGAGGUAUUGCUCUUCCCUCAAAUGAAGCCGGACGAUCCCAAUAAAAAGGAAGCCGAAGAUGAUAAAGCAGCAAAUGAUGAAAGUGAUGAAGAAAAAUAAAAUAGAAAAAUAAAGAAAAACGAAGAUAAUAAUUUAAAAAGGCAUUUUCUAUUAUUGAGCGUAAAAGUUGUCUUGUUUUUAAAUUAUCUUAUGGAAAAAUCCAUUUUUCACUUUAUAUUAAAUAAUAAUUAUUCU